CGUACGUAAUUCGGCGUUAGAAGCGAUAACCUGACACUGCUACACUGAUACCAUCAACACACAAGGUACCUACUGGCUAAACGCAAAGUAACCAAAGGCUGAAGUUACAGCGUAGCUUAAAAAAAAAUGGUGCUGGACUCUGGGGCCUCUUCGUUCAUGUCUUUGCUGUUGUCGCUCGUAAUAUUCGCAGCUAUGCGGCUGUUUUCGGAAACCUUGUCUUCUUCACAACUUUUGACAAUCCUUGGAGGAUUUCUUGGCAGUUUGAUUUUCGUCCUAUUGAUAACGUUUGUGAACAAUCUCGAAAGGAAACUUUUCGGUGAUGAGUUCUGUUGUGGAGUUUUCCCUGAAGGUAAUACCGAUUGGAAUUUGAUGUAUUUGAAGUGGUCACGUGCAUUUUCAUUGCUUGUUCAUUGUCUGCAACUGUCCAUCGAGUAUGCUGCACAACGUGGUAAGAUUUUGAUGAUGUGAUGUAUAAUUUCAUUUGACUUUAAAUCCAGUGCGAAUAACAGUUGGUUUUUUGAUCAAGCAGCUUAUUUAAUUCUACUGAACCAGGGUAUUUAAUAUAUUAUUCUGAGUAGUACGUUGUUAAGACGAUCUGCUUAUCCUAGAUUAGUAGUACUCAAUAAGCCAGAAGAGCUCUGCAGACCUACACUGUUCUUUACCAUCAGUGCUUGAUUGUGUUGGCGGGUGCUGAGGAUUCAUGUCGAAGAGUUUGGAAAUCUUGAUUCCAACCCUAUGAUGCAAGUAGGCUCCAGGAUUCGGGCCAAAUAAAUGUUAAUGAACCUAUGGUUGGUGACCGUCUACCAUGAAGCAGCAUCUCCCAGUUUUAUUUUCAGGUUCCUGCUGAGAAAGUAUAUCUUUGAUGUCACUAGGAAUCCUUCUGUCUACGAUCAAAUCCAUUCGUCACUUUUUGAUGUUCGAUCUACACUCGUGGCUAACUUUUCUUUCACUUUAUUUCCAUACACCACUGAUACUAACUACUCCAGUCCACGAGAUAUUAUUCCUCGUCUUUUGUAACUGUGCUCCAAUUUACCCAUCUAUCAUCUCAUGACUUUCGUGGUAGAGGUAUGGCGCCAUGUUAAAAGGCGGAACAGGCUCUUUCUGAGAUUGGUUUCCAACCGAUAACGGCUUGUGAUCUGUUCGACUAAAUGAGGGAGUAGGGACACGCAGGCAGAGACACUAGUAUCUCUGUUCAUUUACACUAUGAAACGGUCUGGAUGAAACAAUAAAUUUGAUGGAAAUGUUUUCCUGUUCGUCCACAUAAAUUAAACUGUCGGAUGCACUAGUCACAGUAGGAGACCUAAAUACUCAAGGAGAUGGUUGAAACAAAAGUAGAAAUCAAUUACGUGGACCUUGCUGUGUCUCAGCUUGGCAAACAGACAACAUCGACCGGCUGAUGAAAUUACGCUCAAGCAGCUGUUUAUUCUUAGCAUGCACCAACCUUAAACAUGCGGAGACGUUAUUUGAUAUAACUACUCUUAUUAUUGACUCAUCGUUGGAUGCAGAUAAAUCAGAUUGUCGUUAGUCAUGGUUGAAGACUUGAUGGAAGACUUUCACCCAUACUGAAGCGCAAAAUGUAGAGUAUAUUUCAAGAACCAGAGAAACCGACAUUCGACCGUCACAUUGAUACUCACCCCGAUUUAAGUUUGUAUGAUGUUGAUAACAAGAGGUUCUCUUGAAGACCUAUAAUACACCGAUGAAAUAGUUGUUUGGUGAAAACCGUUAAACAUGUGUGUGAGGCGUUUCUCUGUACCUAGGUGUAAAACAUGGCUGUCGAUUAAAGAACGAGUUUAUUGCUUAGCAGCUGGGUUUAUUCUGCUGUAUGGGUACGAAGCAUAACCAUUGAGAAUAGAGAAUAUUCGUAGGUUGCUAGCGUUCGAUCAUGCGAAUGAGCCAAUAUGACUCGACUGAAUCAUCACGACAGUCAGGUCCGACUACAACGACAAGGUAGCAACUACAGUGGAGUCAGUACGUACAGUAUUUUGCAAUAUCGUUCGUAUCAUUGAAUAUAAUAUUUACCAUGCUUUACGUACUGAUUUGUAUGUACUCUCAGUAUCACUCGAUUGUUUUUUUUGUAGUUUCAUAUUUUCGCUGGUGAUGCUGUAUUACUUAAAUCGUGUCUCGUAUGAUAUUUAUCAAAGUAAGGAACAAGUCAUUACAAGCAGCUCAUUGAGGAAGAAGAAAGAAUGAGAAAUGCGAAUUAGUUUUCAGCUGGUAGUACUUGUUUCAGGUUAAUAUUUUUAUCCUACAGAUAUACUUUUGUAUUUCGAAUGUAAAGUUGCAAUAUAUAUUUUGAUUUGCUU